AUGAACAGCCAGAUGCACUUUGUGCAGAGCGCCGCUCUGAUUUCGAUCCUGCAGGGAUUCGUUGCUCCAUUGGACGACACCAUACUUCCGGGACGCGUGGACAAACUGGAAGCUUGGUGCAAAGCAUUCCAUGCCAUUAUAGCCUAUCUUGGGAAACCUCCCUACUUGAAUUCCAUGUGGUUUUGGUGGGAGUCGACAGCCAACACACUGGCCUUUGUGGAAGCUAAAAUGUUCCCGGAACAGCCGGUCAUGACACAAACGCACGUGGCUGCAUCGGAGUCCAAGCGACCCAUCCAUCACCUUGGUCUUGACGCAUGGAAACUUAACAACAAGAAUUUGAUCCGACCAGCCUGGGAGGAGCUAGUCAGUUUCAGUGACUGGCUCUACAGUGCUUACGACCCCACUUUGAACGCGGACAUCUUCGAAUCCCUUGAAGAUUGCCUCUUGUUACUUGAAUCGGCCGGUCAUGCCUGCGGCCUCGACGUUUGUGCGUGCAGACCCUUUGAAGUGGCAGCGGGCUCAGGGGGCAGCAAGUAG